GCACGUGGUUGUCGGUUGAAAGAUUAGCUACCCUCGCGUGACAUGGGGGAUGGGAAGCCACUAGCAGCCGAUACAAGCGAAAGACUCUCCGUUUCUACCAAACCCAAUAACUCAUCACCUUAUGAGUAUAUUUAUCUUCGGAUCAUUGUUUCAAAUGGAUUGCAAUUCAGUGUUACACAUUUCUCCUCUCAAACUUAAUGCAUUUCAAAAUUGUAUCAAACGAUAUCUGAUUAAUAUGAUUUUUGACGUGAUCAAUGUUCUCAACGAAUUCUAAAAGAUUAACUGUUUUAAUCAUUUUUGUGGGUCCAGAAAGAGCCCACAAAUGAUCCAAAUUGGUUGCAACUUGGACCCUUGUCCAAAAUCACUCACAUGCAAUCAACUCUUUCAAGUCUAAUCCGUACAAAAUUUUGCUCUUAUUCUAAUUAAGAUUCUCGCAAAUGGACGGUGAGAUUAAUUUAUAAAUUUAUUUGAAAUGUGCUUAAACUAUCUCGAACCUAAUUAUAAAUAAUAAUAAUAAUAACUUAUGUUUUUGUAGUGUGAGAAAAACUGCCCGUACGGUGGAGGGAGGGGUAGUUGCAACGAGGGGUUGUUGAGUACCCACAUGAAAGCACUGCACCACACCAUCUCCCCUUCCCUCCCCCCGGCCGCAUCCUACAAAUACCCCACACCAUGCAAUCUUUCUCUAAGCCCCAACUAAAACUGUAGAGAGAGAGAGAGAGAGAGAGAGAGAGAGAGAGAUGGCGCCAACGACCACCACGCUGACUGCACUAGCAGAGGAAAAGACCCUUCAGACGAAGUUCGUGAGGGACGAGGACGAGCGUCCGAAGGUGGCGUACAACGAGUUCAGCAGCGAGAUCCCGGUGAUAUCGCUCGCCGGGAUCGACGAGGUCGAGGGCCGGCGGUCGGAGAUUUGCCGGAAGAUCGUGGAGGCGUGCGAGGACUGGGGGAUAUUCCAGGUGGUGGAUCACGACGUGGAUGCGGGUCUGAUUUCCGAGAUGACGGGGCUGGCCCGCGAGUUCUUUGCGCUGCCGCCGGAGGAGAAGCUCCGGUUCGAUAUGUCCGGCGGGAAGAAGGGUGGGUUCAUCGUUUCCAGUCAUCUUCAGGGGGAAGCAGUGCAAGACUGGAGGGAAAUAGUGACCUACUUCUCAUACCCGAUCCGUGCCCGAGACUACUCAAGAUGGCCCGACAAGCCAGACGGUUGGAGGGCUGUUACGCAGUCCUACAGUGAGAACUUAAUGGGUCUGGCCUGUAAGUUGCUGGGGGUUUUAUCUGAGGCUAUGGGCCUUGAGACCGAGGCUCUAACAAAUGCCUGUGUUGAUAUGGACCAGAAAGUGGUGGUCAAUUUCUACCCGAAAUGCCCACAACCCGACCUCACUCUUGGCCUCAAGCGACACACAGAUCCGGGUACCAUAACCCUGUUGCUUCAGGACCAGGUUGGUGGGCUCCAGGCCACUAGAGAUGGUGGAAAGACUUGGAUCACGGUUCAGCCCAUUGAAGGAGCUUUUGUUGUCAAUUUGGGCGACCAUGGUCAUUAUCUAAGCAACGGGAGGUUCAAGAACGCGGAUCACCAAGCAGUGGUGAACUCCAACUACAGCCGACUGUCGAUCGCCACGUUCCAAAAUCCAGCCCCUGAGGCAACAGUGUACCCUUUGAAGAUCAGGGAGGGAGAGAAGCCAGUUCUGGACGAGCCAAUGACGUUCAUGGAGAUGUACAAGAAGAAGAUGAGCAAGGAUCUUGAGCUUGCAAGGUUGAAGAAACUGGCCAAAGAGAAGGUCUUGGAGGAGCAACAACUGGAGAAGGCCAAAGGAGAUGAAGAGAUUUUUGCUUAGAACUAGUGUGUUUCAGUAUUGAUACCACGGUGUGGAUGGAUGCAUUUCAAAAUUCUAAGUGAUUGGUUGGCUUAUGAGGUGUAUUUAUUGUAUGUUUAAUUUCAUGGUGGUGUAUUUAGUAACACGUUAAGGUUUGGUUCCAUCAUAUAUUCACAUUUAGUGAUUGAAUGUCAACGGUACAAGUUAUGAAAAAAUAUUUAUUUAUUUGGAAA